AUGGUAAGCUGUAUAAUGUCUCCGUAUUAAGACAAGCACACAUCAAAUGUCGAAUCCGACAGACAUUUUUUGGCGUUAUUUUCUGCGAUAAGUGAUUUUUAUGGCCGGGAACUUUUUGAAUUGGCGUUUAUCGGUUACAAAUUAGAUGAUCCACGUGGAGUCCGUUAUGGUAUUAUUGUCACCGUCGACGUUUCGUUCCGUUAAAAUCCGGAAUUUAGUGAACCGACCAAUGACAGCGCGGCUUGGCAUCAGAGGCUGUCAUUGCCGAUCCUAUCUUAUUGUGUCUUCUGCUAGGCUUUCCAACGUGGGUUUGGCUUCGCAGUCUAAUUUUCUUGAUUAAUUGAGGAUUACAUUCAGAAAACUGAAUUAUUGGAAGUGGUUUUCAGUCUAAACGAGACCAAAUUUCCAAUAUCACAAAUAAUGAUACAGAGCGAGAUUGGCGUUUUGUUUCACUGCAAAGCCGACUUGUGAAGGAUAAGGCAGUGUCUUAUGAGACCCGACCAUCUUCCAUAUUAGCCAUCGAAUAGUGAUAUCAUAUUGUCUCAACAAAAUCUAAGGAAGCAAGAUGUUUUGUUUUCAUUGCCCGCCCGCUCUCCACCCCGCCGCCGCCCGACAGUUCGGGGUGGACCUACCCUACCAACACCAUCACCACCCGUAUGCUGGUUAUGGACUGGGAAGCGAUUUUCAGGAUGAUAAUUUUGCUAGAAGAAAACAGAGAAGAAAUAGAACUACUUUUACGCUUCAGCAGUUAGAAGAAUUAGAAAAGGCCUUUGCGCAGACUCAUUAUCCUGAUGUGUUCACAAGGGAGGAUCUAGCAAUGAGAAUUAAUCUUACGGAAGCCCGGGUUCAGGUUUGGUUUCAAAACCGAAGAGCAAAGUGGCGAAAAAGUGAAAGGUUUACGCAACAAUCGAAAUCGGGAGCACCCGGUCAAAAUGACGUCACAGAGGACGAACUGCUUUCGGAGGGCGAUGAGUCAAAGAUGGAGGACGAGCUGGAGGUAGAGACUGUGACGAGUACAGACAUGACACCGGAUACUGAUUCCCAAGCCGUUCAACUUCUGGAUGUGAUUUCACGAGAGACUGAAAAGACCUCCCCUGCACCAGGAUGUAGCCAGUCGGAGGAGAGCAAACUGUCAGAGUUGGACGCACCCCCGCAGUCAGAGGACUCCUCUACCGAUAAAAAUAACGAAGAAACCCGGGAAGAAAAGUCGGAGGAGACAGACCGCAGUGAUAGUGUUAUUGUAGCUAGUGACAUCAAAGAAGAGGACAGCGAGGAGGUUUUGCCAAUUCCGAAGACCACCCACGCAUCCAGCAGAACCCCAAACUCUCUACCAAGCAUAUUUUCUGGAAUGCACAAUAUGUGUUCUUCUUCAUCUCUUUUAAUGAACAUGGCCAAUCAGUCCCAAGACAGUAUGUUGUUGCAGAAACAACAAUUCAUGCAGCCAUCUUUUGUACAAACACUUCUUGCCCUCAACAAUAAUGUUGUGAACAGACAGUCGGUGCUACCUUUUAUGGAAGGUUCUGCCUAUAAGAAUUAUCUGGAGAAUUAUUUGAAUGCCCCUCGCCAUUAUCUUCCUCCGGUACCUCAUCCAGCUUUCAAAGGAUGUUUGCCGUUUUGCGGUUGCUGCUCAAGACCCGGGUGUCCUCCCGUGAUGGUUUCCUCUGAUCAGAGAACGUCCAGCGUGGCAGAAUUGCGCAGGCGUGCACGUGAACACUCGGAAUCCAUCACUUCUACGUCAUCUUUACCGGAACAGUUGAUCCCUAGGUCUUGUCCAUAAACUAAUUUUCAUUCAUAAUACCCAUCCUAAAUAUGUAUGGAUUUUUGUGUAAAUCCACAUUGUGAAAAUUGACGAUACAUUGCCAAUUAGCAAUGCUUGCAUUUAUAUUGAUAAAGAUGUGCACACGUAUUUCACUCUAUAUAUUUAUUAGAGUGUGUGAGAUUUUGUUUUCUAUAAGUAAUUUGAUUUUAAAUGGGCUUGAUGAUCAUGGCUAUUUUUAGACUAAUUGCUGUACAUCCUCCAAAUAUACACGAAAUUACUGAGAUGAAAUAUUUAAUAUAAAACAUCUGAGGUUUUCUCUCCUUGGUAGCACAAUUCAUUGCAAUAAAUUAUGUAUAUUUCUUGUAUCUUUU